AUGAAGAUACACGCAAUUUAUCGGUCUAUCAGCAUUGCCAGCAACUCUUUUCUCCUUGUUUGUGAUUAUGAUAUGCCCACGCCACAAAAUACAAGGAAAUAUGGACAAGGUGAAUGUUGUCUUUUUUUCGCCAUCGUUUUACUCCCACACAUCUCUUUCUUCCAUCAUCGUAUCACUCUUCGAUUGCUGGUACAUCAAUGCCCUUGCCUUUCAUUGUUAUCCUACUUCCAUUCUCUUGUUGUCAUUGUGAUAUUUGGCUCUUUGGAUAAGCUACCUCUCGAGACACAUAUGCAAAGCUGGAUAAGAUGGCACGCCGCAACCCGCAUGGGGAGGGUGAUAUUACAGCACAAACGCAAGAACUCGUUUUGCAGCGUUGAAGAUUCUCCCGUGGCACCAGCUUCUGCUGCAUCCACCAUUCCAUUGGCAGCAUCUGUAGGUAUUGAAAAAUUCAACAUGGCUUAUUCUCACGUGAUGAAAGGAAAGAUGUGGUCAUUGAAGAAGGGCAAAGUCGUUGGAGAAAUCAUUAAGGAGCAUGCUAUUCGCUGUAAAAACGAGCACAUGCAAGACAUGAGCGAAGAUGACUUCUACAUCGAGGAUGUCAAAACCGUACCUACCGAAUUCAAUGUACAUUGGGACACUUGGUGA